AUGGACUUCAAGUUGGGAAUUUUGUUGGCAUUCGGAACGAUGGCCUUUCUUGUCUGCAGUGAGGCACCUUUUGUGAAAAUGACAAACGUGGUCUGUGAGUCAUACAACAAGUCGUGGAUCGCCGUUCACUACUGCCGGCUGAAGGCGUAUUCGCGGAACAAGACCAGCUCGAAUAUAAAUCUGACACUCUCUGAGCCAACCAGUAAUGUGUUCGUCCAUGUGAAGCUGAUGAAGAAGUACAACGGCUACAAGCCCUUCUUGGUGGAUGUCACCUUGGAUGGCUGUCAGUUUAUGCGGAAGCGAAAUAAUCCCACAGUGAAGAUCAUCUGGAACUUGAUCAAGGAUGUGUCCACUCUCAACCACACCUGUCCUUAUAGGGGCUUGCAGAUGCUGAGCGACUUCCAUCGCAUUGAAGUUCCAGUUCCACUUCCAACGGGAGACUACCUACUUAUGUUGAACUUUUUGUUCUUUGGCAAGAAACAGUUCGGAACAAAAGUCUAUUUUACCUUUGUUGAGGACUUGUAA